CCGUGAGUACGUGCCAGCGGAAGAAUUUGCCGGGUGCCAAGUCAAAAUAAACAAUCUACUCAACGGCGCCUUUCAGACUGCACCACUCGUGGACUCGAAUUUAUUGUUUAAUAUAAAAGCCGACUGACGGCAAUAGUACAGCUUGCUCAGCAAUUGUUUCAUUGCUCCGUCUGCGGUGUGCUGUGUUGCAUUUCGUGUGCAUGCUUUGAGUUUUGCAUUUUGUAUUUGCAAACGCAAAACGAUGCAACAAAACCAAUAGCAAUUCCGAUGAGAACGUGACACUGACGUUUCGGUGUUGUGCUAUUGCGAACAGUGAUCGGCUCAGUUGAUUUCAGUGCCAUCGGAAAGCGCGCUGGUGCCGGUUGUGUAGCGGAUGAAGAACAAAAACAAGUGAAUGGGUGAACCACAGCAAGUGAACCAACCGGCUUUGUUGAUGCUUACCAAAUAUUUCAUUCAUUCCGCACCUGAAGGUCUCUGAAGUACAUUGUGGAAAGGUCUAUUUUUAGAAACCGUGAGUUGGAUAUUAUUGAGUGCGAAGUUCGUGAAUGGCAAUAAACGGGAAAGUUUGUGUCCUCAGUCUUUUGUGUUGGUGCUCCUCGAGUGUGUUCGUAUCCUUCAAUGCGGCUGAUAACGAAAAUGUGAAACAAAGUUGAGAAAAAGGAAUAAACUACAUAAUUUCAAAAUGGUAAGAUAGUACAGUGCAAAAGAACUGAGAGCGCCAUAUGCCGGACCAGAGAAUUCUAUUUAGAAAACUCACGCAACACAUGUCAACACAGCUGUUUUUAUAUUCAUAAAAAAAUUCCGCAUUUAUGAGAAAGUAAAAUAAAAACCAUAGGAAGUGAAACAAUAUUACAAAAAUAAAAAUAAUACGUAACUUUGACAUGAAAAAGAAAAUGAAAAUAUAAUAAUAAUAAGCACUUUUUAAAAUUACUCUUUAGUAAAAUAAAAAUAAAUUAACACACUAAAUGUAAGCACAUUUUUCCAAGCAAAAUAAAACCAAGAAUAAAAAAAAUAACAAAAUUAAAAUCGCAAAGAGAUAAUAAAUAACAGUGAAGUUGUGCAGUAAAAAACCAAAAUAUAAAAUCAAAGUGACUAUAAAGUGAAAACAUGCAAACUGAACCAACAAAAAGUACAUGUAAGCUCAAGAAAUAAUUGCACGUGUCUGAAAGUUCACACAAAAAGCGCGUAGUCAACAUAUAAUUGAGAGAGACGCGCUGCCUCUUCCGCUUUCUGCAUUUGAAUUCAAUUGCGACGCCGUUUGGUGCGCUCUGUCCGAAAAGUUCAUACAAACAUACCUACAUAACGUAGAAAGAAAACGUAGGAUAGAAAACAGCUGCAGCUGUUUCAUUGUGUCAUCCAAUUGACUGCCGCAUUUAACUCGUUUAUCAAUAUGUUCGAAUCUCUGAACAUACAUAUACACACAUACUUAUGCACACAUAUGUAUGUAUAAAUAUUGGUGCGAAAAUAUAAAACAAGAAAGUUCACAAAUUCAAUUAUUUUUAAAAUACAAACGCAAUUGGAAAAUAUUGCAAAGUAGACAGUGAAUUGAUGGAAAGCAGCAGUGCAAUUUUAAAAGCAAUAGGCGCUCUAAUGUUUAAGUGCUUCUCAAGCGUAAACCAAUAACAUUAACAACAAUGAAAAUUCAAAAAAAAAAAUGCUAUUUGUAUGUUUUAAAAAGUAAAAUUAUUUAGUACACUUAGAAAAGGCAUGAAUAAUAUACGAGCAUUUGGUUGCAGCGCUAGUUAAUCGUUAAAUGAAUUAGAAUUUCGUUCAAAAAUUAAAGUCGUAAGCACACAAACAAACAUACAUAUAAAAAUACAUAUGUAUGCGCAUAUUUACGUUAUUUAAUCAAGUGUUUGCGGCUCAAGAAUUCACGUCUGUUAUACUAAAUGUAUUGCUAAUAAAUUACUUGGGAUCUGUGUGAAUGUGCUUUUUCGCCGUGGACUCCUUAUCAAUCAUCGCCAGCUCCAACAAUAACUUCAACGCGAUUGAUACAUCACAUUGACAAGCAAUCGAUCACGAGACACACUUCAUUUCAUUAUUCGGGCUGAGCACUUAUGGACUGCGAAAACAUACCUACAUCCAUAUGUACGAAAAUAUACGCCUCUUGGCAUCUGUAAUUUAGUAGACAUUAGCACUGGCGGCACUUUUCUCUUUGGCACAUUUUAUUAUGAUGGCUCUGGACGGCAAAACAAUAAUCAAAGAAGAGAUUACCGAUAAGGACGCCUAUGAGGCUGCUGCAUCCAAUACAUCUAGUCGACGGAAUAAAGCAAAUUCCUCAUCCAACUCCUCUUCCGCAAAGGACUCAACCAACAGCAACAAUCCACACAUAAACGGGUGUACUAGUGCGAACAGUGCCAGCGGGGUGAGCAACUCUAAUACGACCAGCUCAAAUCCGAACGGCAACGGUGCACGCAGCUGUCGCACACCCGACUCCCCGGAGAGCGUUCGUGCUAUUGCGCCACGUUCACCCAUGUCACCGCAAUUGCAUCACUCUAGCUUGGCACCACCACCACCGCGCCCGAAUCGUAACGCCAGCGCUUCACCGGUGGUAAAUGGAGCCACAACCACGACAACACCGCCCCCUUUGCCCACUCCACCCACACAGGCGGCAUUGGCAGCAGCAGCUGCUGCAGCAACUGCCGCUGCUGUGCAUGCCGAGCAAGCGCGUCUUCUAAGUAAAAUACGUAAAUUUCUCGGUUCCCUGGUACAGUUGGCGCAAGAGGUUCAUCCCGAAGUGAGCGAUCGCGUGCGUGCUUUGGUACUCUCUCUGGUCAGUGGUAGUAUAAGCAUCGAGGAGUUUCGUCUGACGCUUCAGGAAACCAUUAAUUUGCCACUGCGACCAUAUGUCAUUCCAUUACUCAAAAAUCACAUCUCUCUUCUGCAAAGGGAAAUCGCUGAAUUAGCUCGUGCCAACAACCAGACUACCCUACAAUAUGUCACAACCAAUGAGAAUGUUGUAAUGGAAUUCUCUCCACACGGGCCAUCAGCUGAAUAUAGUGACAUGUUUGUACACAUCGAUGCAGCACAGGCUGCAGCGGCAGCAGUCGCGGCUCAAGCUGCGGCGUCCAACGUCGCCGGUACCACCAACCUUGUCUUUAAACGGCGAGCCUCGGACACUUUGAUGGAACAUCACAACGGAGUACAAGACUGGAACGACUACAUGGCUGCUUAUCCACCCGCCAAGCGAGCUUUGCACGCACAUUCCGCUCACUUGGGUAGCGGAUCUGCAGAUGCUCGUCUCGCAUUUUCCAAUCAGCCAACGAUUUUUGAUUACUCAUCAGCAACAAGUAAUGCGUCGGCUGCAACUCAAUCAGAAAAUACUUUUAAUAGUCUAAUGGAAAAGGCAAAUCACCGCGAAGAUCGCGAUUUACGAGUCAAUACUGGAUCCGAGUCCACAUCGCAACGGCAUCCACCUAGGGCUGGCCUGCCAAACACAAGCAGUACCGCUGGCGGUGGUGGCAGCAACAAUGCAACACUCGGCGGUGAAGAAGAAUGGAAGAAUAUACACACCAUGUUGAAUUGCAUUUCAGCAAUGGUGGAUAAGACCAAGCGCGCCAUAACGAUUUUGCAGCAACGAGGCGUGGAACCACAACAACCCAGCUACGGCGAGGUUACGCCAGCAACUUUAGUUGAAAUACGGCGACAGACAGAAGAAAAGGUGGCCGAAUUCAAGCGGAAUGCCGAGGAAGCUGUCAAUCAGGUUAAACGACAAGCUGUGAUCGAGAUACAGCGCGCGGUGGUCGCAGCGGAGACACGCGCUUCCGAAGUGAUGGCCCAAGAAAGGCUACGUAUGGAAAAAUUCUUCGUCGAAAUGAGUCGCCAUUCAAGUGCAGUACACAAUACGAGUGCGGCCGUAGCGGGAGUUGCCACAACAGCAGUAGCAGCCGAGCGUGAAAUGGACAACAAGUCUCCGUCAAUUACGGCAGGACAGAAUGCCUGCUGGAAUUGUGGACGCAAAGCAACCGAAACCUGUUCUGGCUGCAACUUGGCUCGUUACUGCGGCGCAUUUUGCCAGCAUAAGGAUUGGGAGCACCAUCAUCAGAUUUGCGGCACUACACGCUCCUCAGACCUCUCUGCAAAACACAGUGUCUCCCAGGGAAUUCCACUAACAGCAACCAUGCGCGGCUCCAUCUCUAGAUCCUCGCCCAACCAACCACAGACAUCGCAACCAACGGCUCAGGUGCCGCAGCCGCAGAACUCGGGGGGUGGCAACGUGUCACAACCGAGUUCCCUGGUGGCGAAUGGAGUCGGCUCCAAAUGACGCAUUCGCAUGAUGAAGCCGAAGAAGAAAUACUUGUGCUAGUCAAAUUAAACUAAAAAUUAUUCAUAAAUCAAUUAGAUUAAACUCUAACAUAAUCAAUAUUUAUUAAUUACACAAUUAUGUAUAAAAAUCAGUGAGGAAAUUGAGGUGAGAAAACUGAGAAAGUAAAGAAUUUUAAUUAAAUCAGCACAACAAUAUCAAAUCCAUAAUCAAAAUAGAGUUUAAAUAUAAUAUUUAUUAAAAAAAUUAAAAAAUUAACAAAAAAAAAACAAUAGUGAGAAAAUAAAAAAAGAAAAUUUUAAUGUUUCAAAUUUGAUAAAUUACUGAAAAGUCUUCAAACUUUAAUGUUGUUGAGUCAUCUACGCACAGGAACCUAAAAUGUAUUUAACAGUAAAGUUGCACCCAUAGAGAAAAGUAAAAAAUCCGUUUGAUUUCAGUGGUUGCAAAUUUAAAAUAGCCCAAAGUAUUGACUCAAUAGUAAAAAGUUAUCAUAAAAAACGAAACAAAUUUAGUAAAACUAAUAUAACAGUAAUUAAUCUGAGAGUGAAAAAACCAAAAAUUAUAAUUAAAAAACAAAGAAACUGAUA